ACUCGGCGGUGGGAGACGGGCAGCGAGCAGCGGGGCUUUGACGGGUUUCAGAGGCGUCGAUCCAGCGAGAAGACUUCAUUUUUGUUUUAUUUUUCCACGUAAAUCAGCUGCUCGUCGCGGAGGAGAAGCGGUCAUGUCGGUGAAUAUGGACGAACUCAGACAUCAAGUCAUGAUCAACCAGUUUGUUUUGACUGCUGGCUGCGCCGCAGACCAGGCGAAGCAGCUCCUCCAGGCGGCCCACUGGCAGUUCGAGACGGCUUUAAGCUCCUUCUUCCAGGAGGCCAACAUCCCCACUCACCACCACCAGAUGAUGUGCACCCCCAGAAACACGCCCGCCACUCCGCCCAACUUCCCCGACGCCAUCACCAUGUUCUCAAAGCUGCGGGCGUCUGAGUGCGGCCCCGGCCCCGGGGCUCCUCCCACCAGGGCGUCCAUGGCCUGCUCCCCCCGACCCUCCUCCACGUCGGGCUUCGGCUCCUUUUGGGCGUCCUCUCCGCCAGGCCACCAGCCGGCCUGGCUGCCCCCGGCGCCCACGGGCCCCCACAUGCACCACCACUUCCACCACCACCACAUGCAGCAGACGCCCAUGUGGCCCCCAGUCUCACAGCCCAGCGGCCCCCAGCCCCCCGUGGUGUCGGCGCUCCACGGCCAGAGAUGA